CAAGCGAGCCAGAUCAGACAGAAUAAAACGUUUGACCAUCGCGUGGACUUCAGUGUCGGAGCAACUGGUCCACAGCACUUGCACUAUUUUAUAAAUUUAAUAAGUAAUGUAAUCUCUAUGCUAUCCUCUUGGUUGUUACCUGUCAAAUGCAAGAUAUAUUAUCGUUUUAUUACACUGAGUGGUAAUUUUCGUAAGACAGAAAUCAAGAAGGCCCGCAUAAUAAAAUAAAAAGCAGACGCGCCCAAAUUAAACAAAAUCUGUAAUCGAUGGGUUGAGAACGUUUUUAGCUAAUUAUUGUCCCUCAAUAGGAUCAAUUAAUAAUCUCAAAUUUAUACGGAUGAAAAAAAAUAUCGGGAUAGGUGGAAGAGAAGGAAGAAGAUUAUCAACAACGUAGCUUACAGAUGAGCAGAGAAAAUGUUGAAAGUUGUCGGCGCCUCGUGGCUACAAACUCGCAUCUCCACUUACAUUAUCGCUACCGUUGCGACAAUUGGCGUUGGUGCGAUCAUUCUAAGUGAAUUUGGCAAAAGAGUCGAGAACGAUGGAAUAUAUUCAGCAAGAGUUGUCUACAAUCGUAAAAGUGGAUACCGUGUGGAUUUCUGGGGUCAAAAUAACGAUCUGAUGUCAUUGCCCAUGGGAACAGCACGGGCAUAUUUCAAACACCGGACCCACAAAACCGGCUGGUCGAUCCUAGAAAUCGAGACCUCUCCGAAUUAUCCAGAUGAGAUCCAAGCUUUCGCUGCGGGGUUACUCGAAGGCAGUCUGACCUGGCUGCUAAUUCAUCUCCACUGGUUCAAUACGAUAGCCACGGUCUGCGUUGGAGACCGCAGGGAAACUUGCGACAUAAUCCGGCAGCAACUUCGGGAAAAUUCCCAAGUCGCGAGAACUCACGCAAAGCUUCUGGGAGCUGAAGACCCAUUCUGGCACAUGGUACGACUUUUUUACGCUCAGCUGGACGGUUUGAAAGAGGGCUGGAACUACGAACUCACUAGGAAUCAACAGGAAGUUGAAAUACCUGACGAAGAUUUUAUUUGGCUGGCUAUGGUUUCAGAUUUAUCAAACUUCGGGCUUCACGAUUCGCAGCGCGCUGGCAUAGGGGGAAUUUUUUUCAAAAAUUUAACUCAGGAGUCCGAUGUCGAACCGCUUUUAGCGCUGGUUCACAACACCGCCGCACCGUACAGAAAAAUGCUAAGGCUGUUAAAAAAAUAUACUUUCGGUUAUCAUAUUAACAGUGAAAAAAAUUCUAAACGCGUACCAACACGUUCUAUAGUUACGUCAUCUUAUCCGGGUGCUUUGUCGUCCCAAGAUGAAUACUACGGACUUUUGAAAGAAGACACUAAAGAUUUAAUGAUUCUUGCCGGUACUCCUCUAACGAUCAAAACAGAAUCUCAUGAUAAUUUAGAAGACAGUAAAUCUGAAAAUAAUAUUCAGUCAAGUAAACCAAACGUCGUUAUGACGGCAGCUAAAAUAAUGGCAGCAAACUGGUUAGCGACGGACGUACAAUCUUGGUCGCGAAUGAUCGCCCGCAGAGAUGGAUCAGAAAAUACACGUCAAUUAUUGCAAUGGGUUAUUUUACGUCCUGGUGAUUCAUCAGUCUGGGUUGUAGAGCAGCAUCCACUUAUGACUCAUGCGAUUGAUUUCACUAAAAUAAUUAAAGAAAAGGGUUAUUUAUUUAGCGACGGUAAUUCGCUGUUAAUUAAUAAAGAAAUUCACAUGAUGAACAUGGAAUCUACAGUGAAAACAAUUAAAAAUGAUCUGGAAAAAGAAUUAAAAUUAAUUGAUAUUGAAAGUAAUUUAAAUUCAGAAGACAGUAAAAAUUAUUCACGGGUCAGCCACGAGGAAUAUUUGAAAUUAUUAUUGCAAUCAUCUAAUUCGAGUUUACAUUUUAAAUUUAUCGAAAAAGACUUACCGACGUCGAUAGAUACUAUGACAUUUCGCGGAGAUCUUGAAACAAUACCGACAGCUAUUGGUGUUAUUGAUUCGAAAAUAACGCUGGUUAAUAGCAAUGGGUUUGUUGAUUUCCAAGCAACAUCUGGGCCAGCUUGGUCCAAUGAUGACAAGAUUCCUUUCCAAUGGUCUGAGUCAUUUCCUGGUAUCUCUCACCUCGGUCAGCCUGAUAAAUUUAAAUUCCCAAGUAUUAAUCCACAUUGGGUUUGGUUUUAAUUUAAGUCUGUCAUUUUUAGGAUUUAACUUUUAUCUUAUAGAUAUAUGAAUAUAUGGAGUGAUCAAGUACUAGUUCCUUGAUUAGGUACUAGGUCUUUUAUCUUGCAUUUAAAAAAAGUAUUGAUCAGUUAAAAGACCUAGUACCUAAUCAAGGAACUAGUACCCGAUCACUUCAAGUACUUGUAUAUUUAUAUUUAGUAAAAUUUGAGUGAUUUUAGUGAAUGUGAAAGACCCAGUACCUGAUCAGGAAACUAGUACCUGGUACCUGAUUAUGGAACUAGGUCCCUUGAUAAAAAAAUUUUUUAAAAAUUGUAAAUAAGAAAUUAAAUGACAGACUUUGAUAGCAAAUUUAAAAUAAAAAAUUUUAAUAUGUAUACUUACAAAAUCUGAAUUAUAACAAUGGAAUGUUAUAGAUAAUUAAUAUUUUAAUCUUUUCUAGUAAUCAUAAAUCGUAAAUAAUAACUCAUAAGUAAGCUACGUGUAGACAAUCUUUUAAAGGAAUAAAGAUAAAACAUCCGUAAUUAUA